GCGGGUGUGAUGGCGGCGGCGGCGGCGGCGGCGGUAUCCGAGGCCUGGCCGGAGCUGGAGCUCGCGGAGCGCGAGCGGCGUCGCGAGCUGCUGCUGACGGGGCCGGGGCUGGAGGAGCGGGUGAAGGCGGCGGGAGGGCGGCUGCCCCCGCGGCUCUUCACGCUGCCGCUGCUGCACUACCUGGAGGUGAGCGGCUGCGGCAGCCUGCGUGCGCCGGGGCCCGGCCUGGCCCAGGGCCUCCCGCAGCUGCACAGCCUGGUGCUGCGGCGCAACGCGCUGGGGCCCGGCCUGAGCCCCGAGCUGGGGCCGCUGCCCGCGCUGCGCGUGCUCGACCUGUCCGGCAACGCGCUGGAGGCGCUGCCGCCGGGCGAGGGCCUGGGCCCAGCCGAGCCGCCCGGGCUGCCCCAGCUGCAGAGCCUCAACCUCAGCGGCAACCGCCUGCGCCAGCUGCCCGCCGACCUGGCGCGCUGCGCCCCUCGCCUGCAGAGCCUCAACCUCACCGGCAACCGCCUGGACGCCUUCCCCGCCGAGCUCUUCCUCCCGGGAGCUCUACCCCUGCUCAGUGAGCUGGCCGCCGCCGACAACUGCCUGCGGGAGCUCAGCCCUGACGUCGCGCACCUGGCUUCGCUCAAGACACUGGACCUCUCCAACAACCAGCUGACCGAGAUCCCUGCUGAACUGGCAGACUGCCCUAAGCUCAAAGAGAUCAACUUCCGAGGGAACAAGCUUCGAGACAAACGCCUGGAGAAGAUGGUGGGUGGCUGCCAGACCAAAUCCAUCCUAGAGUACCUACGUGCUGGUGGCCGCGGUGGCCGGAGCAAGGGCCGUCAAGAGGGUACUGAAAAGGAGGACAGAAAGAAGAGGCGGGAGCGGAAGCAGCGUCGGGAAAGUGGGGAGGGCGAAGAGGAGGUAGCAGACUCAGCCAGGCUGAUGCUCAAGGUCUUGCACGUCUCUGAGAACCCCACACCCCUGACAGUCAGGGUGAGCCCAGAGGUCAGGGAUGUGCGCCCGUACAUCGUGGGGGCCAUCGUGAGAGGCAUGGACCUGCAGCCGGGAAAUGCACUCCGUCGCUUUCUCAACUCCCAGACCAAGCUCCAUGACGACCUCUGUGAGAAGAGGACAGCAGCAACCAUUGCGACCCACGACCUCCAGGCAGUACGCGGGCCCCUGCUGUAUGCAGCCCGGCCACCCGAUGACCUGAAGAUUGUGCCCUUGGGGCGGAAAGAAGCCAAGGCCAAGGAGCUGGUGAGGCAGCUGCAGCUGGAGGCUGAGGAGCAGAGAAAGCAGAAGAAACGGCAAAGCGUCUCGGGGCUGCACAGGUACCUUCACUUACUGGACGGGAAGGAAAACUACCCCUGUCUCGUGGAUGCCGAAGGAGAUGUGAUUUCUUUUCCACCUAUAACAAACAGUGAGAAGACAAAGAUUAAGAAAACCACAUGCGACUUGUUUUUGGAAGUCACAAGUGCCACUAGCCUGCAGCUCUGUAAGGACAUCAUGGACAGCCUCAUUCUGAAAAUGGCAGAACUGAGCAAAAGCACUUCAGAAAAUAAAGAGGAAGACGCACUCUCGGGUACCGAAGCUGAUGCCAGCUGUGGGGUUUCUGAUCCCAGCUUGAAUCAGAGAGCUGGGAAGGAUGGACAGUGCCCCCUGGUGGUGGAGCAGGUCCGAGUGGUGGACCUGGAGGGCAGCUUGAAGGUGGUCUACCCGUCCAAGGCCGACCUGGUCACCACCCCUCCCUAUGUGACUGUGGUUCGCUGACACCCAGGCCGCAUAGCUGGUUCCACUUGUGGCUCCUGUGGGGGCACUGGCUGUAGAUGUCUCUGUGUGGUUGGUUGUUCUUCGUCCCUUUUCCCUGGGUGUUUUAAGGUGUCUGCGUUUUGUCUGGGUGACAGUUGUAAAGUGAGCUGUGUCAUCAUUACAGCACUAAUAGAUUCUGCUGUUCUGGUGGGUGUUCACAUAACUGCUGGAAAUGUCCUGAAUCGUGUGGGUAACGGGGGGAGGCUGAGCAGGGUUUGAUGAGCAGGUGUGAAUUCAGGGUAAAUGACGGCAGGCGUCCCGUGGGACAGCGCUUCCUUCUCAACAGCAUGUUAAUAGCAGAGACAAGGGAGAACAUGAUGUGAUUGUAACCUCUGUAGAGCUUGCGUCCCAGCACGGUGCUGCUGCCGUGUGCCCAGGGCUGAAGUCCAUCCACUCCUCAGCCCCAGAGGUCAUGCCCAUGUAGUCCUGGGUAGUCGACAGAUUUCUGUGCGUGAUGGGAAGGCUGGUUUGUGAGCUGUUGGCCAGUGGCCGGAAGGUGUGCCACACACACGGCCCUACAGGCUUCCGUGUCAGUCUGUCCUUGUCCACCACCUGUCUCACUCUGCGUGUGUUGGCGUACGUACCGGGCACACCUGCCAUCCUUGGAGCCAAAGCGCUUGAUCCUGAGGACCCAGCCAGCUGCACAAGGGACUUAAUGGCCCUAUCCUAUGCCUUACCAUCUGGCUGCAGAAGGGACCCGGCCCUUCGGCCUUUCUUUGGUGGUCUUUGACCUCAAAGGACAGUUCCUGUCUUCUGUAAAACAACAACGUUUUGGGUUUGUGGUUUUAGUUUUGAGGCUGUGCAAGAUCCUGUGGUUGUCAGAGCCAGUGGGGCUGCAGGUCCCUCGAGGAGCAGUGUCCUGGACAAAGCUUGUGACUGCACAGUUGAUCUCGGGUCCCUUUGAGUGACCAUGGCAAGAGCUCACCUAUUCUGUGUGGAUUCACCAAAGUGUGGAAGGGUGGAGCUGCCCCAUGCCCACCCCUCCACCCCUGCCAGUUCCUGCUGUUUCUUCCAGAACAACCCAUGUAUGAGAUUAAAAUUUUUGGAACUUUUUACAGACACAAGCAGAACGCCUCUUUGUUCUAAUAAAACUAAUAAAACC